AUGGAUAUAUAUCAGAAAUCGGUUUGUCAGUCUGUAAGUUUAGACAAUAAAUAUAUACAAGGUACACUGAAUACCUUAAGUAAGCAUUCAAUUAUCCAAUCGGAAAAUACAAAUAGUGCUUAUAGAGAGACAAUGUAUAUAAACACUUUUACACCAGUGAAAUGGAAAUUUUAUGCAACAAGAUGGCCGAAUUAUCUAGUUCCAGGUCGUCAGUUAACUGAAAACUUUUUAAAACCUAACUGGGCAACACCUUAUCGACGUGCUUCAACUAGACAACUUUUUGAAGAUUUACAUCGUUAUGUAUUGAAUGUGGAAUGGCCACAUGGAAGUCAAUUAUUCAUCCUUGAUCCACUUGCACUAUCACCCCUUUCACCAAUAGCUCUUCGAAUUAUUUAUGAUCACAAUGAACCAGAAGCUGAAAAAUGGAUCUACGUGUACGAAUGGUUAUCACCAUGGCAUUCGACUACAAUGUAUACAUUUAAUCAAAUCCGUCACAGAUUUCCAGGAAUUACAAUCAUUUGUUGGUUGGCGUUUAUCACUAACUGGAUUAACUAUUUCUCACGAUAUGAAUUAUAUCAUACACAACUUGGUUACUCACGUCCUGGUACUACAAUAUUUUCAAAUGCAUGGAGAUUUACAGAGCCUGCAGCUUCCUGUUUCAUCUUCUCUCAUUCACUGACUUGUGGUCAGAUAGCUCUUUUCGAUGGAUGGAUAUUAUGGUCAAUUGGUUUAGUUAUGCAACAAGUUACUAAAAUCACUAUGAAAUUACUAGAUUAUAUAAAUAAGAAAUAUAAAAAACGCCCACCUCCAUGUCGUUUAUCUUCAAGCAAAGACCCUCUUAAGGGUUACACAACGGUUAUGUAUAUGUUUACUGAUGUUGAUGAGAUUUAG